AUGGAAGCACUCAAUAGGUGCUCAUCAGCUACUUCUUCUUCAUCGGAUUCAUCAGAUUCCUCACAUUCUGGUCGGAAACCCGGAAACACUAACAAAACUCAAAGAAUCAAGGGGCCAUGGAGCUCUGAGGAGGACCGGAUACUAACCCGACUAGUUGAUUCAUAUGGGGCUCGGAACUGGUCGCUUAUUAGCACCUACAUAAAGGGUCGGUCUGGUAAGUCAUGUAGGCUCCGAUGGUGCAACCAGCUGAGUCCCAAUGUGCAGCACCUGCCAUUUUCUCCGGCAGAGGAUGAGACCAUUUUGACUGCUAACGCUCGGUAUGGCAAUAGGUGGGCAACCAUUGCUCGGUUGCUCCCUGGCCGGACUGAUAAUGCGGUGAAGAAUCAUUGGAACUCGACGUUGAAGAGACGGCGAAUCGAGACCGACGCUACCACCAGGUCGGAGUCGGAGAUGGAACUUUUAAGAUUCGGGACUACUUAUACGUCGCCCGGGUCUGUGUGCAAUGAGGAUGCGGCGGCGGAUGUAGAUGAUCCGAUGACAACUCUUUCGUUGGCUCCACCGGGGAUGGGCGGGUAUGGGUCGCAGGAGAAGAGAAAUGAGAGUCUGCCGGUGGAAUUUUGGGACGUUAUGAGAGGGGUGAUUGCGAGGGAGGUUAGGGAAUAUGUGACGUCGUCGUUUCCUGAGACUUCUGGAUUUCAUUAA